UGUUUCAAUGUGCUGUUCAAUACUGGUGUAUAUGCAUUUCUUUCGACUACAAUAAUUAAAAGAUAAAUCCUUCAAAAAUGACAGAUGAAGCUGAUUUCAGCGACCAAAUAGCUGAUGGAAAGAACAAGACCAAUGUGCGCUGUCAGUUUUGCAAUAGUUUGAUGCUUAAGGCGCAGGAGGGCACCCACAGCCAGGAGGAAGUGGAUGUGCCUCUGAUGAUGCAGAAACAGGACAAGACGGCUGACAAUUUAAACAGCGAGCCACUAAAGGACUUCUGGCUGGUCAAGGACAUGAUGAUGUUCGAAAAUAUUGGGUUCUCAAACACGGUGGAUGGCAGGAAGUUUUUGGUUUGUGCGGAUUGCGAAAGAGGACCAGUGGGGUAUCAUGAUCUGAGCACCCGCCACUGUUUCCUGGCCCUUAAAAGGGUGGUCCACAAGGACUCAUAGCUUCCAAAUCCAUAACUUUUGCCAUCUAAUUGAUUGUAUUGUAAUUUAUGUCCAUGGUGGAAAUGGAUGGGUUGCAUUUAACGAUUUACCAUUUCCACAACUUUAGUUUAAUUUAGCAAAGUCUUGCAUUAAAUACCUCAAAUAUUAUUUUUUUUGCAUAAGAUGAAGAAGGAAAACGACACAUGCUUCUUAUAUUUAGAUUUUGUCGAUUUUAUAUUCAAGCAAAAUAAUGCAAGUAACUUUGCGAGGUUCAAUAAGUUAACAUUUUUUUACUUUAUUAAAAUUAGCAAUGGUAGUAAAUCAAAUUAUUUGUAUUAAUUUUCGCAUUGUAUUUAAUAAAAUGUAUUCAAAUACAGUUAAUCAAUGUAAUAAAGUGGUUUGAAAAUGAA